AUGAUUUCACAAUUCCUGGCUUCACAUUUCAAAUUAUUUUCAUCUCCAUCCCAGAGCGAGGGCGAAAGUCUUCAAUCUUCAACACCACCCGAACACACCAAAGUUUCCCAAAACAAUUUUCUAGAAUCACUCUCCUACUUCAAAGAACAAACUUUGGACUUUUUUGUAAAAUUAAAAAACGCCUUCGUGGGACUCUAUGAAUCGCAUCCCAUUGCUACCUGUGUCGUGGGUGCUUGGAUGGUGAUCUAUUUCAUUAGGAAACGAUUUUUUGAGGGUAAAUUAUGUCCUUCCUAUUUAUUACAAGAACAACACAUGAAAGGAAAAUUUGUCAUUAUUACUGGAGCGAAUAGUGGUUUAGGUUUAGAAACAGCCACACAGUUAGCCUUAAUGGGUGCUCGAGUCAUCUUGGCAGUUCGGAAUCCAAAACGAGGAUUGAAAGCUCGAGAUCAAAUCAUUCACAAAAUGAUGACUCGAAUGAAACAACACAAUGCCCCUCUGGAUACUCAUAUUCCAUUAGAGAGUGUUCAUGUGUUUCAUUGUGAUUUGUCAAAUUUGGAAAGUGUGAAGGAUUUUGUUUCUUCGUUGCAAAUUAUGUUUUGUGGAAAUCCUUCAUUGCAUGUGAGCAGUGCACUAAAUGUGAGAAGUUCGAGCAUUGCCGAGCAGAAAUUAGAAGUUGCAGCACAACCUCUCCUUUCCAAUCCAGCUCAACGCACAGCAGUCACAAGUCAUGAGCAUCAAGAAGAGGCAAUUCCUUCUUCGACAGGUAUCACUCUACGUGAAGUCAUUGAACAUUUAGAUAGUGAGGAUGAACAAGAAUCGGAUAACCUCUCCUUUCAUUCUUCUUCAUUGGGAAGUUCCAUCUCCCAACACAAUUCUUUGCGUGUGCAUCACGUAAUUCCUCCACAGCAACCCACUCUUGAAAUUCAACGACAAGAAUCUAUACCAAUUGUAGACAUUGUGAUCAACAAUGCAGGAAGUUUUCUAACACGACAUGGUGUGAGUGUGAACGGAAUUGAAAGUCAAUUCGCUGGAAAUUAUUUGGGACAUUUUUUUUUAACCUAUUUAUUACUGAAAAAGGGAAUGCUGAAUAAUCAUGCUCGAUUUCUGAACAUUGUUUCUUCCUAUUCACUCUUUUCAAAAUCUGAACACUUGUCUCAUCCCAAUUUAUUUAAUUUCGAUGUUCAUGAUUUAAUUGAAAAUUGCUCUUCUAAAUUUGAUUAUGAACAAUUGUACAUGAGAAGCAAAUACGCCUUGUACUUGUUCACUCGUCAGCUACAGAAGGUUCUUUUCAACGUUGGAUCUUUAUCCAUAGCUUCUGUGUUGUUUUCAGGAGGUGACAAUUUGCAAAGCUCCAACCCUCAUCAUUGGCAGCAACACUUGCAUGAGCAAGAGAAUGCCAUGAAUGCAUUCCCUCAACGUGCAAAAGCAGUUUCUGUGUUUCCAGGGGCCACUCGAACUUCCUCAUUGGAAAGAAUCUCUCCUCUCACUCGGAUAUUCACAAGACCCUUAGAAUGGUUGUUGUUGAAAAGUCCAUGGAUGGGAAUUCAGACCAUUCUGUACUGUUGUUUGCUACCUUUCGAAUUGUUGCAAGGAGGAGGAUAUUAUGAAGAGUGUGAAUGUGUGAGAAGUUUGGAAAAUGAAGAUUCUAUUGAAGAGGAAAGAAUGAAACGCUUGUGGUCAGUGUCGUUGGAUUUGGUGAAUCGAUUCGAGAAGUUGUCAAGCAGCAAUAGUCAUGAACAUGUACAUCCAUAA